CGACAAUUCGCGCAUCCUUCGAGCUCGUUUCCUGUCUUCCUCUCGUCCUCACGGAUCGCCGUCCUGUCUGUCGUGUAAUUCUCCAGCUCGUCUUGCCCCAUUCUCUGGCACUGUGGCUGUGUUGUCUGCGUAGGCCCUUCUGCUGUGCUUCGCACCUGUCUCCUCUCUACUCGAGAAUCUGUUUCUGCAGACGAAGCCUCUGCUUUUCCCAUCGUUUUGACCGCUAUUGGCCCCUGACACCAAGAGUCCACGUCCGUUUGGUGUCUCCUUUGGGUACUUCGACCCCGUCUAAAUUCGAACUUCCCUCCCUCCUCGGACCUUAUCGACGAACCUCAUUUCGCGGGGUGAUCGGAACAGUACUUUACGUAAAGAACACGAAUUUUUUGCUCUCAAUUACCAUCGUUGCUCCAUCUAGAUUCUGACUCUGGCAUCGUAGCGAUGGGUCAGUCACAUUCAAAGGGGGGGGACUCCUUGCAGUCGUAUCCUUCGUUCUCCCGCUCGGACACCAAGGAGUCCACCAAGUCUAUCCGAGGUUCGAUUCGAUCCAAAAUCAGGAGCAGUGAUAGCCCCAGGUCAUCCAAUGCAGGACUUAGUCAUGUUGAGAGUCAAACCGACAAGUCUGACGCGGCGUCAGUCAAGUCAAGUGCUAGCCGUGCUAGUUUUGCUCAUGAUGCUCAGUCCACUCGCCCUGAAGAUGCCCAAUCCCAGUCUCAGUCUCCCGAUCCGCCUCCGUCCCCAUCUCUAUCAAGCAGUCUUAAAAAAGGCCAUCAAGAUGUCGAUGCGAAGAAACAGAGUGGUGAAGUCGAUCAUGUUUCAGAUAAGCCUCCUGAAGGCACAGUGCCUUCGCAAACACCUCAGAAACCUGGAGAGUCCAUUCUUUUAAAGCGGGAAAAUGAGAUGAACCCCAUUCUGGACUUCAUCCUUAACACGCCUAUGGAGACAUCAGGGUCUCCUGGAAUGGGCAUGGGGGCGCUCAAGUCCAUUGAUCUGGAUGACAUGAUCUCACGCCUGCUGGAUGCUGGUUAUUCGACUAAAGUCACAAAGACUGUGUGCUUGAAGAACGCUGAGAUAACGGCAAUUUGCUCUGCUGCGCGAGAGCUUUUUCUUUCCCAGCCUGCCUUGCUGGAGUUGUCGGCUCCAGUCAAGAUUGUUGGAGAUGUGCACGGACAGUACACAGACCUGAUCAGAUUGUUCGAGAUGUGCGGUUUCCCGCCAGCAUCUAAUUAUCUCUUCCUUGGCGACUAUGUUGAUCGUGGGAAGCAAAGUUUGGAGACAAUUCUCUUGCUCCUUUGCUAUAAGCUCAAGUAUCCCGAGAACUUCUUUCUUUUGCGUGGCAACCAUGAAUGUGCCAACGUCACUCGAGUUUACGGCUUCUACGACGAGUGUAAGAGGCGUUGUAACAUCAAGGUUUGGAAGACCUUCGUCGAUACCUUCAACUGUCUUCCCAUCGCUGCAACUGUUGCAGGAAAGAUUUUCUGCGUGCAUGGCGGACUUUCGCCUAGUUUAGCACAUAUGGAUGAUAUUCGAGGCAUCGCCCGUCCCACAGAUGUGCCCGACUAUGGCUUGCUUAAUGAUCUUCUCUGGAGUGAUCCUGCAGACAUGGAGGAAGACUGGGAGCCUAACGAACGUGGUGUGAGUUAUUGCUUUGGUAAGAAGGUGAUUAUGGAUUUCUUGCAGCGUCAUGACUUCGACUUGGUUUGUCGAGCGCACAUGGUCGUUGAGGACGGCUAUGAGUUCUAUCAGGACCGUAUUCUAGUCACGGUCUUCUCUGCUCCGAACUAUUGUGGAGAGUUUGACAAUUGGGGCGCCAUCAUGUCUGUUUCGGGAGAGUUACUUUGUAGCUUUGAGUUGUUGAAGCCUUUGGAUUCAACCGCUCUGAAGAAUCACAUCAAAAAGGGCCGGAACAAGCGGAACAGUAUGCUCAGCAGUCCUCCUGCAGCAGUAUCAGCGCAAAGUUAUUAGACACCCUCGUCCAUUGCUCGCCAAAAAGUCAACGUUUAGAUCUUAUCAUUAUCCAUAUUGUCCGGGACUUUAUUUUCCUGUCGGCAUUUGGUUCCUUUGUUCAUCUAAUCGACAGUUCAGAUUGCCGGGAACCCUUGCGGAUAAGCUAGGGGACCUUCUGCGGCAAGCGACUUGGUCCUGCUUCGGCGCCGGAUUCUCUACCUUACCAUAUGCGUCGAUUGGACAUUGACACUCCUUCUUUUACCUGUUUAACGACGCCCAAAUCUCAUCGUCAGACUGACCAUAUCAUCGAGCGCCCCAGUUGAAUUCUGCGGGAACGGAACGAGACCGUCUGGCUUGGACCGGGACCCUGCUCGGGCACGAUGCCCGUGUUACAGGAAUGCUUGGCUCACGCUCAAGGAGCGCAUCUAUGACUCCAAAGAGAGCGUCAUGACAAAUCUGAGCUAGAUUGCAUUCCGCUGGAUAGGUUGCUCUCCCACAAGGAUUCGACCUGGGCGGCACAGUAUUGGUCAGGCUGCGGGCAAAGUACCCUUAUGUCACACGAGAAAGACGGCCGUGAAUAGAUGACACCAGUCGCACAAUAGAGUGUUCUUUCGGAGUACGGUGCAGACCUUUGAGGCGUCAUAAUAUGCGAACGCGGGGCUUUGAUUAUUGUCAAAACGGAUAAUGGAUUUCUUCUUUCCCUAUUUCUUUCUCUUAUUGCUCCUUUCCCAGUAUUUUCGGUUUCAUUUUCUGCAUUUCAUUCCUUGGUCUUUGUCCUUGUUGAGCUGUGUUUCAUGGAACUGGUGGUUCUCUACAAGUGUCUAGAUUUCUUCAUCUUUUAUUAAAUCCUGUGACAGGUGGCUGGUGCUUAGAGUUUAGGGGUUGAGGUGGCCUCACUGAUAUAGAUGAGUGAUUGUCUUCGAUGAACAACGAUGUCGAUUUAGGUACACUAUGUAUUCCUCCCGGUCUAUAAAAGCUAAUAUCAUGCGUUCAGAAAA